AACCGGUUGGCCGACACCCCAAACAAGAAUAAGGAAAGUUGUUGUAUUGAAUUCAUCGAGGAGCCAGGUGUGAUCGCUAUUUAAAUUGUAAUAUUCAGAUAUAUAAUACACAAACUCAUGUGUGUAGAAGGGAAGUUAUGCUGAAUAUUAUUACUGGCGAUCUUCUUCAAGGUAAAGCUAGGUAGUUAGCCGGCUAGCUGAAGUGGUCCACUUUGUUGGAGUAUACUGCUGAAACAUAUGAAUGUUUUUCUUAAGUAUUCUUAUUUUCAAAGAAUCCGCGCACGUGCCGCAUCUUUAUUCUUGAUGGCGCGGUUCUGUAUGGUUUAAACUGGGCGUCGUGGAGAUCAGCUGUUUGCAUUGCGGCUUCUCCCGGUGCUUUGUUGUUUAGCGCUGUUAUAUAGGAGUUUUGGGGGUUUUUGUUAAGCAGCAUCCCCCCACGGGAUAUUCGGGUCACCGGCAUGCCCCAUUAAACGGGGGAUCGGGACCAACGGUGUGGGGAACACAUCCGGCCUGGGGAUGUCGGUGACGGGCGACAGGCAGACCGGCGCGGCUCUGGUGGCCGAUCUGUCGCUGUCCUUCCAGGACGAGCUCACGGCCACCAUACAAAACGCCUUCGGGGUGGCACUGGAGAUCGCCGUGCUGGAGGUCACCAAGCUGGUGGGCCAGGCGCUCCGCGAUGUGCGCGACCAGAUGCACGAAACCCUGCGGGAGAACGAAUCCCUGAAGCAGCGGCUGCAGAGCGCCGAGGUGGAGCUGGGCGCCGUGCGCAAAGCAAACGCGGUCGGCAGAGCGCCGCCGCCGGGCCCCCAGGACGAGCCACAGCCCGGGAAGCAGCCGGCGGCGCCCGUAAGCGCGCCCGUGGAUCCCUCUGACAUCUUGCUGGAGGAGAAGUUCGACUUUCUCAGCGUUGAGGCGGACCCAGAUCGGGACAGGUCUUUCUGUGAAAUCCGUGAGGACGGACAGGUCUGCUCCCACGACCUGACCCCAAACACAGGUGGCCAGACAGCGUCCAGAUGCCAGCCUGGAGGCGCAGCCGUUUCCAAGAGCAGCCAGACGCGGAUGUACUCCGACACCCAGGUGGAGACAGUGCGCUUCGACCAGCCGUGCCCAGAAACUGUGCCGGGAGUGAGUAACACCGGGGCAUUCCUCAAAGCAGCAUCCCCACCAGACAGCAGCCUGCCAAACCCGAAGCUCGAACAGCCGAUCAAGGUGAAGGAGGAGUCGCCAGAGGGAGGCUGCGCCCCCCCGGAGCUGGGCUGCGUCUCCGUGCCGGCUGCUUUCGCUGGGGUGGAGGAUGACUUCUGCCCGGACAGCCUCUCCCUGGCUCAGUCACGCCUACUAGAGGACUGGAGGCCAGAACCGCUGCACCUACAGAACUGUGACACUGACACCCUCGCCGCAUGCACCAGCCACUCCUUGUCUGAUUCUCCAGUUUUUGGUACUGACUUGUCCGACCUCGACCUCCAUGCUCCGUCCUCCAGUGGGCUUCCCGCCUUCUCCAAAGCCUACCAGCAUCCGGGCCCCGUUCCCCGUCCCCACUACAGCAGCCGGGUGAGCGGCCCAGAUGUCACCCAGCCCAGCGUCACUCCCCCUGCCGGCGGGACCCACUCCUGCCGCGUUUGCGGAGAGUCGUUUCACCUGCAGGAGGAGCUGCGGCGGCACCGGAGCCAGCACCACAGUCAGAACCAGGUCCACGGGUCUAAAUCCAGCCGGCACCCGAGACGGCAGGCCUUCCCUCCAGGCCGCAGCCCCUACCACUGCUCCCUGUGCGGCCGCGAUUUCAACCGCAUGGAGCACCUGAAGAUCCACCAGCGCAUUCACACGGGCGAGCGGCCAUACGCCUGCACCGUGUGCAAUGCUCGCUUCCGCCACUCGUGGGCACUCACGAGGCACUUCCGCAUUCAUACGGGAGAAAAGCCGUACGCCUGCAGUCUGUGUGGGAAGACCUUCCGGAACUGCGGGGGGCUCCGCUUCCACCAGCGUUCGCACUCCCUGGAGGGGAAUGGCUGAUGCCCUCUAGUGGCCAGGAGGACCUGGGACGAGGAGGGAGGUCGAUGAAAUGGAGGUUUACAGGGCAGCUGGGGCUCAAAUCUGGGAUCAAACGUGGAAAAUAACUCAGAGCAGGGAAGUACGUACUAUGUUAUAUUUAACUGUUUCCCACCCAGCUUGUUUACAGCACGCCAGAAUGUGUACCCUUCUGGAUACACAUGGGGGGUAAUCCAUGAAGGAGGAUUUCUUGCUUAGCCAGAUAACUCCUUGGAUUUAAGGUAGUCUGGGCUAAAUGGACUUUAUUUUCAUUUCCUUUCAUUUAGCCCAGACUACCUUAAAUCCGAGAAGUUAUCCGGAUAAGCAAGAAAUCCUGCUUUGUGGAACAGCCCCCUGGUGUGGAUAAUAGGGCAAAAACCAUAGGUAUGUCAAUUCAUUUAUCAAAACCUAUUACUUUAUCAGUACUAAUUAUUAUUAUUUCAUUGACCAGUGUUGGUUUAUUUUAUGUGAGGUACGACUUCACACUCGCAGGGCUGGAGGUUCAAAUCAUUCAGAAUGUCCUCUCACUUUUUCAUUGUAUUUAUCCAGGGUUUUAGUCCAUUUUCCACCAUCAGCCCAAAGUCUAAACUAGUGUUCCUGUAUUGCCCAUAUUGUGUGUAUGUGUGCACCCUGUGACUGGCUCCCCCUCCUGGAUGUCCCAUGCCAAGCACCUCUUGCUGGUUGGGAUAGACUCCAGGCCCCUGAAACCCUGUACUGGAUGGAAGGAUCGAUGAUUUAAAUAAUGUCGAACAUAUAUUGCAGGGCUCUUCAAAUUUGUACCUCGAUUCCAAAUCCAGGCCGUGUUUUCAGUUCUCCCAGGAUACUUAGUUUAAUAAUUACUGAUUCUGAUUGGUCACAGAGGCUUCACACCCGGCUCACAGGUAAAGGAAGGCUGGAAAACCAGCAGGGCUCAGACCUUGAGGACCGUGAUCCGAAUAGCCCUGAUAUAUUGUGUUGAAAAUGAGUGUUUUUUUUUUAUUAUUAUUAUUAUUAUUAUUAACACUUUGUGUGUCUGCCUCGUUCUUAAGCUGGUAAUUUGCCUUACUGGUGCUGUGUUUCUGCCAGUUGUGGUAAAAUUGGUUUGGUUGUUCUAACUUAUUUUCUUACAUAUGUACUGUAAUAAUUUUCCGCAACAUUUGUACAGAAUGUAAUGAUGUGAGUAUGAAAACAAUCAAUAGAUAUAUUGACGUUGGUGUCCAGGCCUUAACUGGACUCUAAAUUUCGGAAUUUGUUGGAUUUUACUGGUGACCAAAGGGUUCAUGUCCUCGAAGGAGAAGUAUUAUUUUUACCGGACAUGGGAGAUUGGAAAGCAGCUGAUGGACGUGAAGCCAGCAACAGGGCAGACUUCCUGAUGGAGGGACCGGGAACAUCUGAGAGUAUGAAGGGACUGGGCGCUAGCCACUUCAGCUUUGGAGCGGGUUCGAAGGCGGUACAAUAGUAUCUCCUGUCCACGCUUCGUGGGAGCAUGGGGCUGGCUGAAGCUGUACCGGUUGCGUUUCUCAGUGCUCAGACGGUGGUGCAGGUUAAGCUGGGAGUUCUUCCUCCACAGAUGCUUCGCUGGCAGUUUUCAUAUUUAAUUGUGUCUUAUUCUAACUCAUGUUUGCUGUUUGUGUGCUUGGGGGGUGUGAUGAUUCGCAGUGUUACGGUGCCUCUUAGGUUUUCUGUACCCAAUAUCUGUACAUGAAUGAAAAGCUGUGGAUUCAAGAAAAAAAAAGGAUGGUAUUUAUGGAGUGUGUUUGUGUGCGUACGUGGGCUAAUGCAGCCUGUGAUGGUCCUGCGACCGCCCUCCACAGCGCCCCCUACCUGUGUUUUUUCUUCUGCAGGUUCAUUGUGACCUAAUACUGUAGUGUUUCCCAAUAGGGUCCUCAGGGACCCGCAGACAUCCACGUUUUUGCAAGGAGCUGGGAGGGAGCAGAGACAUGGACCGCUGUGGGUCCCCCAGGACCAGAUGGGGAAAAACUUAAGUAUUAGAUUAGUGAUUAUAAAAAAUGGAUGGAAGUUUGUGAUUUAAGGCGCUUCCUGUAUUUUCGCUACCUUACAAUACAGACUGAAAGGUC